AUGUCGAGCUCCGAGGAGUCAGACCAGUUGGGCUAUUUGGCUGCGCCGUCCGAAACUGACGAAUCCGUUUCGGAGGAACUGGAUCAAGACUCGGACGGCGAGCCAUGCGACAAAGACGAGGCCGCGAAAUCCAGCCAAUUUUUUGACCUAGAGGCCGCCGGCUCGGAUGAUGAGACGUCCGGAUCUGAACAGAGCAGCAUUUGGGAUGACAACGUUGGUCUCGACACGUGGGCAGACGAUUUCUUCUUCCCCCAGUUUCGAAGCCUUCCUUUUGAGCUCCGCCAUCGUAUCUGGCAAUUUUUCUGCCCAGACAUCGCUGUCAAGUCACGCGUGUAUUGGUUCGAGGCCCAUACCCGUUACCGGAGAGAUGGAUUUGAGAAGAUGGUAGUCGUGGAGGGCCCGUUCCUGGAACAGCAAACACGUCCGGUCCGCUCCCUGCUGGCCAUCCAUCGCGAGACCCGCGAACUCGCGCUGAAGGCCCUACCGGACACCAUAUCCUUUGGGAGACGUGGCGUCAUCAGGUUCAAUUCCGCAAACGAUGUUGUUUUUCUCGGUUCUCUAGAGGUGGCGAUGUUGGAUUUCGAGGUGAUGCCCCGGCUUCGGGGCUUCAGCGAGCAUAUCCGCCAUUUGGCCGUGGAUCCCGCCGUGCUCAGCGAUCUGGGUAGUCGACCCUCGGUGCUCUUUGAGGCUUUCAAGAAUCUGAGGGCGGUUUACUACCUCGUCAGCCCUGGCGAGCACGACCCGCGCAAUCUGCGUUGGUGCACCUCUGAUAAGGUCAAGCGCUACUACGUCACUACGUUCGAGGAGGAGCCGGGCCUCGGCGAGGACGGACAACAUCUGUAUUGCUGGCCCGAUAUUGAAAACCACGUAAAUUUCGCCGAGGCUGAAGUGCCCUUGGACGGGUUGGCGAAUGAUCUUCUGAUGCGGGAUGACCCGCUUCACAUCAAGGGGGUGGAAUUCAACGGCACGCCCAUCUGGCCGAUGGUGCAGUUCUUGUGGGACUCUGACCGGCGUCGAUUCGAUGAUCUACAAGCAUGGGAUGGUGAAGGGACGCUGGAGUGGGAGUCAUCCGAGGGCCCGGACGACGACGACGACGACGACGACGACGAACUGGAUGAUUAUGAAAGCGAAGGAAUCGACGACUUCGAUAUCAGCGAAGACGAUCAGACCUCCGAUGGUGAGGAAUCGGAUGUUCUGCAUGAUGAUUACAGCGACCAGGACAGAGAUGUUGUCGGGCAAGGGGCGAUUGAUCUCGCAGGAGGCGAGAGCGAGGACAUGGCCCGGUUUUCCAGCCCCGAGCAAUCAUCUGAUACUCUUCGGGAAUCAGAAGACUCGGCGCAAGAAUCAGAUUUGGCGGGCCCUCGCGCAAGAAGACUCAAGCGUUCAAGAGCACGUGUGGUGGAUUCCGAUUCGGAGGAGGAUUCUGAGGCACCCAUUCCUCAGAAGAGAGUACGCAUGCAUGGUGCUCGACACAGCUCAGUCGUGCUGUCUAGUAGCGACGAGGAAGACGCGAGGCCAAGAAAGCGACAGAAUCGUCGAACCCGCGCGGUUGCCCCCAGCGAUGAGGAGGACAAGGAGGACGACGACGAAGACGACGAAGCUGACAGUGAUGUUGGCCAGGGUCAAAACAGUAGGAAUGAUCGGUCCGGUACCUCCAGCUCGGAGGAUGACGACGAGGAACCUGACAACGAAGCUACCCUCUCCAGACCGCGCUCCCUCGCCGAGAAGCUACAAUUGCACCGGAAACUGAAACCAAUCGCGCCGUCAUCCUCGGACGACGACUCCAGUUCGAAGGAGAUGAGCGAGGAUAACCACGAUCGACGAGUUUAUUAUGCGGAUUUUCAAGAUGAUGAAGAGGGCGAAGAGGCCUCCGGAGACGGCGGCCCGCAUGAUGAAUAUGAUCUCGAGGAGGAAGAUGAAGACCAGGAGGACGAUGAAUAUUGA